UCAGUUGACGAGAUUCUGAAUUGGAAACUUGCAGGCAUUGGUUUGUGUCACGGUCUCCAUGUCCUUCGAGCCAUUCAAACCUCCGACGUGUGAUCAUCAUCUCCUCAACACCAUGUGCGACAAGCCUAGUGUGACCCAAAGAGUCUUCUUCUAUGUUUCAUUGUACUUGAUGGCCUUAGGAGCGGGAGGAAUCAAAGCAUGUGUGACGGCAUUCUCUGCAGACCAAUUUGACGACACUGAUCCUGGGCAGAACCAUGAGAGGGUGUCGUUCAUGAACUGGUGGUGGUUCAGUCUGAGCAUCGAGCGUGUCAUCGACUCGUUGGCCUUCUUCCCUUGGGUGCAGGAACAGUAUGGUUGGGUAUGGGUCGGAGCAAUUCCAGCCGGAAUCGUUGGAUUUGUAACUCUGAGUUUCAUUAUCGCUCAUCCUCUGUACUACCAUCAAACCCCCUCUGGAAGUGCUUUCACAAGAGUUCUCCAGGUUCUGGUGGCUGCUUACAAGAAGAGAAACUUGGAACUGCAACCUGAUCUUCACGAGCUGUUUGACCUGAGCCCGUAUUAUUCAGAAGUUUCCAUAUGUGUUGUUGCUUGACAGAGGUUGAUAUUCAAAGUUCGGAAAGAUCGAUACGUGGC